AACAACAACUAGCUGAGCUUCAGUUAACACCCAAGAAUUGAAAGUUUCAGAGCGUCACUGUAGGGCAGCAUGUCCGUAUCAGCAGGCGCGGCCCUUCUGUGGAUUUUACUUCUUACAUUCACUGUCUCCACCGUGUCAGGGGCCCAGAAGUUGACUCUCACUGCUGAACCAGGAGCCACUAUAAACAUCAGAAAUAAUAAUAAAGUCAAAGGUUGCAAAGUGUGUACAGGAUCGAUUAUUAAAAAAUGCAACGCUGGAUCUCUGAAUUAUUUAAAAGGAACUACUGUGGAAUUGAAAUGCUCCAGACCUCAAGAUGUAUUCAGUAUAGAAAUUGUACGGCGUAUAACUUGCACCACGGAGUCAUGCAGUGGUCACAUCAUCCAGACUGACUUCAGCUCGACUGAUGCGCUGCGUUUUAACCGCACGUUUACCUGGAAUCUAGAGGCCACAGCGCCAAAAGCUUUCCAAAUAGAUUUCACUAACACGGGUCUUAAACAGAUCAAUCCAUCUGAGAAAUGUCCAGACAGACACACCUACACCCUCCAGGCCUUCCAGUCUACGGGCAAUGUGGCUGUGGGGAAGUACUGCAGAAGUGGCACCAUCAGCAGUGCUCAGGUUUUGAAAAGCGGCAGCUUUUCUGUGGACGUCCCAGCAGAGCAGAAGCUGCAAAAUGACAAGUUUGAUGUGACUGUGCGGGAAAAAAUCAAGUCUCUUGCCCGAAUUUCUCUGACUUUACCAAAAGGGACCUCUUCCUCAGAGCUGCUCUCGCCGGACUACCCAGAGAGUUUUCCUGAUGACGACACCAUGGAGUGGUACUUUCACAUCCCAGACAAACACGGGGUUGAUGUUCAGUUUCUAAAGCUCACACAGCCAGAUUGUGUGAAGAAGGAAGUAGCAGUGGAGUACCACCAGAAAGGCAGGGUGACAUCGGUUCUGGGGCUAAAUGAGACACAGCCGCUCCAGAACCAGGGAGACUUUUUGCUCACGCUGAGGAACUGCGAGAUGGAGAGAGCACCUGCUGAUUCUCCUGGACUCACCUUCACCCUCAAGGUGUCUGCUUCCAGCCCAGCUUCAACAGCACUUUUAAACAUCAUCCUGGGUGUAGUGGCUACUCUGCUGGUCAUUUCUGUCAUAGUGCUAGUUGUAAUGAUUAGGAAGAACAAGAAGAAGAAGAAGAAGAAGAAGAAGAAAGGCAAUCAUGAAGUUGCUGUCUAUAAUCCAAAUGGCAUCAACUUCUUACCAGGAUACAAAUCCCCAGACGUGCUGGGGACUUGUAAAGAUGAUGAGUCCCAUGUGUACGAAGAGAUUGAUGACACCCUCGUCUACACACACCUGCUGAAAAGGGCUGCAGAGACUGGCAACUAUGAAGAAACAUGUAAACCUGUUUCAGGGCACAGAGACUCUCAAAAGCCACUGCUCUCAUCACAGCAGGGCCCUCCACGCCCCAACAAGCCACCAAGCAAAAUCCGAACCCCGGUGGACAAUACAAUUUACCAGAAUAUGAUUUACCAGCCUAAGGAUCAAAGUGAGGACGAAAAGCUCCCGAAUCUGGGGGCCUCGACUGGAGCUAGAGGGAAGCAACUGAGCAGAAGACUAGACUCAUACUGCAGAAGUGGCACCAUCAGCAGUGCUCAGGUUUUGAAAAGCGGCAGCUUUUCUGUGGACGUCCCAGCAGAGCAGAAGCUGCAAAAUGACAAGUUUGAUGUGACUGUGCGGGAAAAAAUCAAGUGGACCUCUUCCUCAGAGCUGCUCUCGCCAAACUACCCAGAGAGUUUUCCUGAUGACGACAUCAUGGAGUGGUACUUUCAGGUCCCAGACAAACACGGGGUUGAUGUUCAGUUUCUAAAGCUCACACAGCCAGAUUGUGUGAAGAAGGAAGUGGCAGUGGAGUACCACCAGAAAGGCAGGGUGACAUCGGUUCUGGGGCUAAAUGAGACACAGCCGCUCCAGAACCAGGGAGACUUUUUGCUCACGCUGAGGAACUGCGAGAUGGAGAGAGCACCUGCUGAUUCUCCUGGACUCACCUUCACCCUCAAGGUGUCUGCUUCCAGCCCAGCUUCAACAGUACUUUAUCAGUUUCAUUUGAGAACCUCUUUCCGUUCAGAUUGUAGUUCUGGUAAAUGUCCUGAUCCAGUCAGUCUGUCGGUGCCUCUGCUGCCAUCAUGCCUCCCUGCACCUCUGAGCCGUGUGACGUGGACACUGCGUCCCGGUCAGCACGGCACGGUAAAGCUGAUUUCUCCCAACGGGCCCCUCAAGCAGUCCCUACCUGGACAGCUAUGUGAUGACAGCAUCACUAUUGACGUGGCAGAAGAGAAUGGAACAACUAUUGGGACCUUCUGCCCCAACGGAGCCAUACAGACCGUCCACAUUCACACAAGUGUGUCUGUCACAUGGUGGUCCAGCAUGAAUGCUAAAGCACCAAGAUCGGCUGUGUUGAAUGCCAGUUUUGAAAAAGAGAUUACAGAAAGAUACAUAUUCACCGUUUCUCCAAAGAGAGACACCCCAGAACUUGUGGCUACUCCAGCUUGGCCAGCGGGAAUGAAGGCCCACUCCACCGUCUCCUGGAUUGUCUCAGUUCCUCCGAAGAUGGAGGCGCAGCUGAUUUUUACCAAGCUCAGCCAGCCCAAGUGCAUCAACCGCCACACCAACAUCCGGGUGCAAAGAAUGGGCAGCACCAAGGAGGACUACAGCCGCAGGGAGGAUGAGGUGGCCAAUAGCGAGCUCACGGUCUCUGAGAGCUUCUACCUCAACAUGUCCAACUGUUUGCCUGAAAGAGGAAACUUCAGCGUAAUUACCAAGAUCUCCCUGCAGAAGAGCAAGGGCUCCAUCAGCUGCUUCUUUUGCAGUCCUGAUGGCUGUGUUUCUGUGUGGUCCCUUCACGCCUGGCAGGGUGAGGACUCAGCCUACUUCAACAGCCGAGUGGCUGUAGCUCAGGAGCUUCAGGAGAAGCAGCCUAAGCAAGGACACCCAGAACCUCCUUCUUCCCAACUACCCCCUCCAGCUUAUCUGGAGGAAUACUGCUGCAUUUCCAGGAAGAAGAAGAAGAAGCUCAAUCACGAAGUCUCUGUCUAUAAUCCAAAUGGCAUCAACUUCCUGCCAGGAUACAACGGACCCCCGAAAACACACGAAGACGAUGACGCUCACGUGUACACCUCCAUCGACGACACACUCGUCUACACACACCUGCUGAAAAAGGGUGCAGAUAUUGGCAUCUAUGGAGAAACAUACCAACAUUUCACGGGACACACAGACUCUCAAAAGCCACUGCUCUCAUCACAGAAGGGUCCUCCACUUCCCAACAGGUCUCCGGGCCAAGAACAAACCCUGAUGGACCAAAGUGAGGACGAACAGUCUUCAAAUCUGGGGCCUCGACUGGAGCCAGAGGGCGGCAACUGAGCAGAAGAUUGGACUUGACUAUUUGAUUUUUCUCUUGACCCACUUGGACUUUGGGAUAUUUAUUCCCCGUGUGUUUGCUCGCUGUUCAGACCCACAAAAGUCGCUUUUUUUGCAUUGAGUGCAGCUUUUGCACUAGAGUGAGGCACACACAAACAGCUUCCAAACCUGUCUGCAGCUGUUACAGCGUUUUGUCUCAGGUUAAGGUUCUUCUUUUUCAAAAGCAGCUCAAGAUCAAGUGAUCAUUCCUUCUACACAGGUUUUUAGUUUUUAUAAAGAGGUCUUCUGUUGCUUUCAGGCAAUGAAUGUUUUCCAUUUGUGAUAUUUUGUAAAUACAUUAUAUCGUUAUCAGAACACAACGGUCUGGACUGCAGCAGCCGUAUGUUGUAGCAGCAUGUCCUUCUGUUGUUCAUUGUUGCUUUUUGUUUUCUAGCUGUAGCGUCAUUACACCAUAAAUGAGCCUUACAGAUGGGUCAGGCUCCCUUUAGAAAUUAGUAAAGAUCUUAUAGUUGUUUUCAGUCAUUUGUGUUACUGGGAUGGUGCCAAACUAAAACCGAGCAUUUGAGAAGCUCAAGCUUAAAGUGCUACUAGUGCAUACUGAGACUGUAUAUCAUGAUCAGCACUGAUCAGUAGUUAAAAAAACUGUUUCACCAUUUGUUGUGAGGACAGACACAGCCCCUCUUUUGGAUUACGAUGAGAAAAAUUUACAUUUAUUUGCAUUUAUUUAGUAGUGAGCUGUAAGAUAUUGCUGUUUAAAUGUCCCUUAUUCUAGCAUGAGCCUAAACACGAAAGAGAAAAGUUUUCUUUCAAGGCAUGCGUCUGUCCUCUUUGAGGAAAAGUGCUUCAGAAGGACUUUGGUCUUGAAAAUUCCUGUUCCCUGCCGAGCGUGGCCAUAAAUGUUUUACAGUCUCAGUGGCUCACAGUGAGUAAAGAAACUUUAGAGGAGCCUUUAAAAUCCGGAAGU